ACCCCCCCACCCCCUACUCCCACCGGCCGGCAGCGGAGGGGAUGUUCCCGGAGAAGAGGUUCAACUCCAGAUGAGCGUUUUCACCUUGGGUCAGUUCAGGAGUCAGCCGGAGAACUUCUUGUGAAUGGGGAGCAUUUGACUUUUACGCAUCCAGCUCAGUGACGCACGCACGGUUCGAGGUUUUAAGUGUCACAUCCACAAAUCCAAGUUCCCUCUCUUCUUAUUCAAUGGCAGGGGAGCGUUUUAAGGAGAUUGUUUCAUGAUCGAGUCUUUUCAGAGAAACUUUGCUGAACUUUUUUUUUGCAGCAGCGGACUUAAUUAUAUUUCGGCUUACAUCACUUCUUCUUUUUUAAAUCCACCGCACUUUCCAGUGGCCUCUCUUGACCUUUUUUCGGGAUCCUUACUCCCCUCCUCGGAUAUUCAAUUCAACUUCGGUUUGGGAGUAAUUUCAGUGGAUACCAUGCCUCGGACCGGAGCGGCGCUCUGCCGGGUUUGGGCUCUGGUUGUCGCGCUGCUGGUGAGCGUUGGCUCGGUGGGUGGAUGCCCUCACAAGUGCAGCUGCUCCGGGUCGCAUGUGGACUGCCAGGGUCUGGGAUUGAAGACUGUGCCCAAAGGAAUACCGAGGAAUGCCGAGCGCCUGGAUCUGAACAGGAACAACAUCACGAGAAUCACCAAAGUGGACUUCUCUGGCCUCAAGAACCUUAGGAUUCUUCAUCUGGAGGACAACCAAAUCACCGUCGUCGAGAGAGGAGCCUUUCAAGACCUCAGGCUGCUGGAGAGGCUUCGUGUGAACAGAAAUAAACUCCAGGUUCUCCCAGAGCUUCUCUUCCAGUCCAACCCCAAACUAGGACGACUAGACCUCAGCGAGAACCAGGUUCAGGCCGUUCCCAGGAAAGCUUUCAGAGGAAUCACCAAUGUCAAGAACCUGCAACUGGACAGCAACCACAUCAGCUGCAUCGAAGAUGGAGCUUUCCGGGCGCUACGCGAUCUGGAGAUACUCACCCUCAACAACAACAACAUCACCCUCAUCCCUCUGUCCAGCUUCAACCACAUGCCCAAGCUGCGGACACUUCGCCUGCACUCCAACAACCUCCACUGUGACUGUCACCUGUCCUGGCUCUCUGAUUGGCUCAGAGCCAGACGGGGCUUGGCUCCCUUCACUCAGUGCAUGGCCCCCGCCAACAUGAGGGGUCUCAACGUCCCGGAUGUGCAGAAGAAGGACUUUAUUUGCAAUGGUCCAGCCCAGACCGAGUCGAGGACUUGUGUCCCCCAGUUGGCCGUGUGUCCACAGAGCUGCAGCUGCAACAACAACAUCGUGGACUGUCGUCGCAAAGGCCUCACUGAAAUACCAGCCAACCUGCCGGAGGGCAUCGUGGAGAUUCGUUUGGAGCAGAACUUGAUUAAAAGUGUCCCAGCAGGAGCCUUCACUGCCUACAAGAAGCUCAAGAGGAUUGACUUGAGUAAGAACCAGAUUUCUGACGUUGCUGCUGAUGCUUUCAGUGGCCUUCGCUCACUCACCUCAUUGGUGCUGUAUGGCAACAAGAUCACCGAGUUGCCCAAGGGAUUGUUUGAGGGACUGGUUUCCCUGCAGCUGCUGCUUCUGAAUGCCAACAAAAUUAACUGUUUGAGAGUCAACACCUUCCAAGACCUGCAGAACCUCAACCUGCUUUCACUGUACGACAACAAGAUGCAAACCAUCAGCAAAGGCCUGUUCGCCCCGCUGCGCUCCAUCAAGACUCUUCAUCUGGCUCAGAAUCCCUUUAUGUGUGACUGCCACCUGAAGUGGCUGGCCGACUACCUGUUUGACAAUCCCAUCGAGACCAGCGGCGCUCGCUGCAGCCACCCCCGGAGGCUGGCGAACAAACGGCUCAGCCAGGUUAAAGGCAAGAAGUUCAGGUGCACAGGUCAGGAAGACUACCGCAGCCGCCUGAGCGGCGAUUGUUUCCAGGACCUGGUCUGUCCGGAGAAAUGCAGAUGUGAAGGCACCGUCGUCGAUUGCUCCAAUCUCAAACUGACCCGUUUACCUCCGCACAUCCCCGAGCAUACCACAGACCUGCGGUUAAACGACAAUGAGAUUGCCGUCCUGGAGACUGCGGGGACAUUUAAGAAGCUGCCUAACUUGAAGAAGAUCAACCUUAGCAACAACAAGUUGAGGGACAUCCGUGAGGGUGCGUUUGAUGGGGCGGGCGGAGUUCUGGAGCUGCUCCUGACAGGAAACAAGCUGACUGGACUGCAGGGACGCAUGUUCAGGGGCCUCAUUGGCCUGAAAACUCUAAUGUUGAGGAGCAACCAGAUCAGCUGCAUCGACAACAGCACAUUUACAGGUCUGAGCUCAGUGCGGCUCCUGUCGCUGUACGACAACAGGAUCUCCAGCAUCGCCCCGGGAGCCUUCUCCACCCUACACUCCCUGUCCACCAUCAACCUCCUCUCCAACCCGUACAUGUGUGACUGUCACCUGUCCUGGCUCGGUCAGUGGCUGAAGAAGACCCGGGUGGUCAGUGGAAACCCUCGCUGUCAGAGACCAGCCUUCCUGAAGGAGAUCCCCAUCCAGGACGUGGCGAACCCUGACUUCACAUGUGACGGUGCUGAGGAUAAUGGUUGUCUUCCUACGUCUGGCUGUCCUGACGCCUGCACGUGCUCAGACGCCGUGGUGCGCUGCAGCAACAGAGGGCUGCACUCUCUGCCCAAGGGCAUUCCCAAGGACACCACGGAGCUUUACCUGGAGGGUAAUAUGCUGACAUCUGUGCCCAAGGAGCUGGCAUCCCUGAAGCAGCUGUCACUGGUGGACCUGAGCAACAACAGCAUCAGCACACUGGCCCAGUUUACCUUCAGCAAUAUGACACAGCUAGCCACACUCAUCCUGAGCUAUAACCAGAUUCGCUGCAUCCCGGUCCAUGCCUUCGACGGCCUCAAGUCACUUCGCCUGCUGACUCUCCAUGGCAAUGACCUCUCAACCAUCCCAGAAGGAGCUUUCAACCACCUCACCGCUCUGUCCCACCUGGCUCUCGGUGCCAACCCCUUGUACUGUAACUGUGACCUGCGCUGGCUCUCCCAGUGGGUCAAGGCUGGUUUUAAAGAGCCUGGAAUCGCUCGUUGUACUGGACCUCCUGACAUGGCUGACAGGCUCCUGCUCACCACACCACUCAACAGAUUUCAGUGUAAAGGCCCAGUAGACAUCAGCCUGAUGUCAAAGUGCGCCCCCUGCCUUGGGGCCCCAUGCCAAAACAACGGUACCUGUGUCUCCGAGUCGACUGGAACCUACCACUGCACCUGUCCAUUUGGAUUCAAGGGUCUAAACUGUGAAAUACCCAUCAACGCCUGCAUUAGUUUCCCCUGCUCGAACGGAGGAACCUGCCACAUUCAGCCUGGCCAGGAAGACCACUUCAGCUGUGUGUGUCCAGCCGGUUUUGAAGGCCUUCGUUGUGAGAUGAACCCAGACGACUGUGAAGACAACGACUGUGAGAACAACUCCACCUGCAUCGAUGGGGUCAACAACUACACCUGCAUCUGUCCACCCAACUACACAGGUGAUCUCUGCGAGGAGGUAGUUGACCCCUGUCUCCAUGGUUUUGACCCCUGUCAGCAUGACUCAAAGUGCGUCCAUGUCGGCCGCAGUUACAGGUGCGACUGUUUGCCGGGAUACGUGGGCCUAAACUGCGAUCAGGACUAUAACGAUUGUCUGGAGAAUAAGUGUCAGCACGGAGCGGAGUGUGUCGACGCUGUCAACGGCUACACCUGCGUCUGUAAAGAGGGAUUCAGCGGGCUGUUCUGUGAGAACCCUCCACCAAUGAUCUUGCUGCAGACCAGCCCCUGUGACCACUCAGACUGCCAGAACAGUGCCCAGUGCCUGCUGGUUUCCGGGGAGCCUGUCUGCCGCUGCAUGCCAGGUUUCUAUGGCAGCAAAUGUGACAAGUUGGCCACCGCUCACUUCCUGGGUCGCGAUGGGUACGUGGAGCUGCCCGGCGUGAAGCUUCGCCCCAACGCACAUAUCUCCUUACAGGUGGCCACGGAUAAAGACAACGGUAUUCUGUUGUAUAAGGAGGACCACGACCCUCUGGCACUGGAGCUUUACCAGGGACACAUCCGACUCAUCUACGACAUCGCCAACUACCCACCAACCACAGUGUACAGCGUGGAGACGGUGAACGAUGGACUUUUCCACAUGGUGGAGCUGCUGAUUCAGAACCGGUCGCUGAGCCUGGUGGUGGAUAAUGGAGCCCCCAAGAGCCUGGGCAAGCUGGCCCGACAGCCGUCUGUCGACCACAACACUCAGCUUUACAUUGGAGGCGUUCCUCCUCAAGUGGUGGCCUUGGGUCUACGUCCAGGCCCCGACCGGUCUCCUCAGGCCUUCUACGGCUGCAUCCACAAUGUCCGAAUCAAUGGGGAGCCUCAAGAUCUGAAUCACAGAGCCAUGGGAGGAGGGCGAUCCCAGGGAGUCGAGGGCAAGGGCGAUGGGAUCCUCGCAGGGUGUCAUACCUGCAGUGUGUGUGCACAGGGUGUGUGCAGGGAGGGCGGAGAGAUGGGGGUGACAUGUGAGUGUCCUCCAGGACGCAGUGGGGCCCUGUGCGAGCAGACGACAACACCAACCCCCUGUCAGAACAGCAGAUGCGUUCAAGGAGCGUGUGUGCCGAAGGGUCAGUCCUACAGUUGUCAAUGUCGUGAAGGAUACCAGGGUCAGUAUUGCGAUCGACGCCAGGAGCCUCUGGCCUGCAGGGGGCAGCGCUGCGGACACGGGGAGUGUCACGUGUCAGAGGUUGGAGAGCCGAUCUGCCACUGUCAGCCCGGGUUCACCGGAACCACCUGUGACACAGAGCUGACGUGUCAAGGAGAGAUGUUGAGGGAGCAGCUGAAGCGCCACCACCCCAUGAGAACAUGCACGUCCACCAGCAAGAUACCGCGCAUGGACUGUCCCCGGUCCUGCCAGGCUGCAGCGCCCCCUGGUGUUUGCUGUGGCGUCACCAAGAGCAGAAGGAGGAAGGUGGUUUUCCGCUGCAGUGACGGCACCUCGUACUCGGAGGAAAUGGAGACCGCUCUGGAAUGUGGCUGCUCCAAGUGCCCGUUGUAACAGCACCGCAGCUUGUUCGUCUUGUUUCGCAAACACCCACCGCUGCCAUUUUGUGAAUUCUACACGUCAACGAGGCUGUCGCUCUGAGAUUUCUUUCCGCAUCGAUGAGCAACACCAUUAUGUGAUUUUCUUUUUUCCACAUUCACUUUGACCGCUGCCGAUUUGCCGCCAAGAGAAAACCACGAACGAAAAACAAAAAUGGGACAUGUGUGCGUGUAUUUGACAGAGAGAAAAUAUAUUGUAAGAUAUAAGUGAGAAAAAACAUAGAACUUAUUUUUAUUAAGGAUUUUUUUUUUUUGCUUAAAAAAUGAUAAAAGGACUGAUGAGCUGUUUUUAAUAUGUUGAUUAUAUAAUGUGUUACAUAGUAUAAAAAGUUAUUUUGUACCUUGUAAGAAGAGAGAGUACACCACCAGAUAGAUUAACAUUCCUUAAAAGUAUAUGAAUUUAUAUGUACGUGUAAAUCUAUAUAAAUAUAUACCCUAACCCAAUGAAUUUUAUAUUUUCAAAGUGUAUUUGCAUGAUGUUAAUGUGAGCGCUGAUGUGUGGGAGGCUGUGGACACUGAGAGACGAGGACGAGAAGAAGACCUCUGUUGAUUCCACUGUGAGGACAUGGGGGCGCUCUUGUUGCCCUCGCUCUCGGAGGCUGAAAGGAAACUGUCUGUGCCUGGCUAACCUGCUUCACUAUAUAACGGACAUCAUCCUCACCUGUGAGUUUUGGUAUGAGAAAACACAAAAGACUCUUUCCACGGAGAUGAUUUAACAGUUUGUUGUGUUGUUCUGUAGUUGGCUGUUGCACACCAGACUUGGAGCCGCUUGAGGUUUGACAUGAAAAUCUGAAAGACAUUCACUGUUCAUUCGGAGCUCAUUAUCAUUUCACACUAUAAGAAAUCAUGCUGCCUUAAUACCAUACGCUGUAAAUAAAGAUGGACGACACGUCUCCACUUCCUCCCAGUGGGUGACGCUAUGUUGAAUUUUUGACAUUAUAUGGAGCAAGAGUUUGUACAGUGGUGAUCAUUGAGUGGAGAUGUGGCAUUGAGGUCCCGCCCAAUCACACGGCCAACCAAUCGGGAGUCAGUCAAGCCGUCAAUAACGAUGUCUCACCCUGUUUAUAUAGCAUCAAAUAACCUUUGAACAUACUCUUGUGUGAUAGAUAACUCCCUUAAAUAACAGAAACCAUUAGGGGAAAAAUUAUUUGGCUUUGACUUUUUCAUUUGUUCCAUCCUCUAACAUUGUGAGGAAGCAAGAUGUAUAUGACAGCCAGCCACUAGGGGGAGCUCAAGAUGAUUUGGCUUUACGUUUGAGGAGCUGUCAUGUCGUCUGUCUUCAUAUACAGUCUGUUAGUGUUAGCUGCUGAGAUAUAAAAACCAGUUUGUUCGUCAGGUGACUACAGGAAGUCAUUUUUAAUCUUGUGGUUUCCUGGUGGAAGCCAUUGCACCAAAGUCAACACUCUUUGCCUUAACAGAUGUUUGUGCUGAUAUUUGAAAUCCAAACAUGUAGCGAAAUCACAAAUGUAUAUGAAUGUUCACAUGUGACAGUUGACAGACCAUUAAAAUGUAACAGUGGCCUUCUUUAAAAGAUUCCUCUCUGCUGGGUUCUAUGAAAUGUGUCAAUAUCCCCAAAGCAAACAAAAACAAGAGAAGCCCUAAUCGUGCCUUUUGUUGUGAAGUGUUUGUUGUAGAAAUCAUUUCCUCACAUUGAAUGUAAGAUUACAUCAUACACUUGUAAUGCGUUCAGUGUCUUGUACGAUAGUGUUAAGUGAUGCAGGUCGGAUUAUUCGGUGGAUUCUGCUUUAAGGUGCCAACAGACAGAUGGAUACUUACCUCAAAAAGUUGACGGUAUAGCUUUUUGAUAACGUGUUUAAAUAUCCACAUCGACAGUGGAUGUUUAAAUCAAUCAUUGUUCAGUUACUGACAGAAGUGCUCCAGUCUGGAAAGCUCCAAGGUGACGACCCAGUUACCUGCUGGGUCGAAGGAGCUUCUGGGAUUGUGUCGCGUGAAAAGUACCACAGAACAGAACGGCUGAAAAAGAACUUCAACGUCUUUCUUAUAAACUUCCCAUAAACGACUAACAUUAUUACAAGCAUAGCAAAAUACUAUAAUGUAACUACUACUGUAUUGUUUAGUUUAUACAUAGUUGCUUUGUUUACAACAUCUGCAAAGAAUUGUCACACUUUUACAGUUAAUUUACAGCUGUGCUAUUCCGGGCUUGAGACGAACGAGUAUUAUCCUUGUUGGUAGAUGUCACAGUUUUUCCUUCCUUCUGUUCCUUCUAUCCAAUCCUUCCCUUCUCCAUCCAUCCAUUCACUUUCUCACCAUCACCCCAUCUCUUCUGUACUUCCAGUCAGGUUCUCACAACAAUUUGACCUUUCACCUGUUGCUUCCCUUUAUUUGCCUUUUUCGAUCUCUUCCCUUCCCGUCCCCCAAGGUUCCCUUCUUCAUUGUGAACAGAAUAAAACACCUCCGAUGUGAGUGAUAAUUGAUACUUGUCCUGAAUGUUAAAAAUUAAACUACCAUUGAAACUA